AUUCUUUCAUUCAAGAUGGUCGUCUUACGUGUGAGGAUUUGAAGUGUGACAAUUUUUCGACUCUAAUUCGUCGCUCUUUUGAAAUAAAUCGGGCUUUAACAGUGUCUGUUGUAUGUAGAUUAUUCCUGUAAUUAUAUAAGUUAGUGUUGUAGCAUUGAUUAUUUUGCUUUUUUCUCUUGAAUUCGUGAUCGUGUUGUGAAAAGCAGGCUUGCGCGAUUGUGUCUGCAGAAAUGACAGCUAGAAAAAAAGUGAAGAAAUUAUUCGAUUCAUGCUCGUUCGGUUGUUUUUGAAUGCUGUUUUAGUGUUUAUGUUGGAUUAGCGCUAUUUUGGAUACCUUUUCUCAAUCAUGGAUCGUGGAGAUACUAUGAAAAGUGUUGUCACUGAUGCUGAACCUACAUAUGAUACUAGACAGGCAAAACAAAGGGCUACCGUCAAAUGGCUUCUCUCCAAAGCAUUCAACAACAAAGUGCCAGAAAACCUCAGGGAACCUUUCUAUCGUAAUCAUGAGAAUCAAGAACACUUGAAGCCUCAAGUGGUGCACGCUCUAGCAAAUGCUGAAUUAUACUGCCUAGCUCUAGGAAACAUUUAUUCAGAUCCAAAUUACCAUAAUUUAAACCAUUGGGGUGUUCUCCAAGCUCUAAAUAGGAAAAACAUUUCCAUCACCGAUCCUCACCUGACUGAAACUGUGCUCAUUCAAACAAAUCCUUUGAAAAUGAGUGCUCACAUGACUGUGAUGGAAGCAGUAAUGACUUUGUAUACUAAAGAAGUGGCUACCCCGGAUCGAGUUCUGGCAGCUGUGAGGAGGUUUUCUCAUAAUUCUACCAUUAGUGAAGAACCUCCGGAUCAUGAAAGUGCUUUGGUAAUGUGGAUUAAUGAAGCAGUCAAAGCUCUGAGACAAAGGAUAUGUCAAGAAGUAGGGCAGGGAGAUCAAAAUCGCAUUCCAGAUAUCCCUGUAAUCACUGAUGUCCUAGAGUUAUGUGAUGGUAUAGGUCUUGCAGCUUUAGUGUCAUUUUAUUGCCCUGAUGAUUUACCCUGGAGGAAAAUUUUAGUCAACAAAGUUCCAACAAUAUCAGAUUGUGUUCGAAACCUUUUACUAGUCCAUGAUUUUUGUCAACAAAGUCUACCUUAUUCAAUUUUUCAUAUGAUGCCAGAAGAUGUCUCAUAUCUUAGAGGAUCAAUGCGAUCAAAUUUAAUAGUAUUUCUAGCAGAUUUGUUUAAUGUUUUGGAGAUUCACCCUGCAAAAUGUGUACGCUUUGAUCAUGCUGCCUCUAGCCUUACUGAAGCUUAUCCGCGGAAUAGCCACGGAGUGGCUCAUAAACGGUGUUUGCCUCUGACUGUAUCUGCUAUCCCUGAUCUUCGCAGUAAUCUGGAUACUCAUUCAACAGGUUUCACAGGAUCAGUCUCCAGCCCAGUAUUCACCAAAAAGUCUAACACCAAUCAGGAAAAUUCAAAUGAUGAUAGGCGAAAUACUGAGGAGUUUGUUGUUCAUCGAGGUCGCUCUGUCCCAACUCUGAGCUCUGUGGUGCACAAUAAUGUAGCUGAACGUAGUCCAAUUAGUAAUGAUGUUGCUGCGGGUAGACCGAGUAAUUGGGAAGAAAGUAGAAGACCAUCUUACGCUGGUAGAAGAUCAAGGCGAAACUCUCUAUCAGAAGACUCGCAGUUAACAAUAGAAAAUUUUGGUGGAUCCCAGGAGAACCUCCAUCUUCUUGGUAAAAAUCCAGACAAAGAGCCGGCAGUUCACAUAGGAAGGAAGGACCCCUCGCCAUCUCCAAAAAUUAGCGCACAAGAGAAUAGGAAUAGCAAUGCCUUACAUUCAGUUUUGCAGAGUGAUACACACAUUGAUUCAACUGAACCACCUCAGAGAAUAUCACUAUCCCGACAGUCGUCUCUUAGGAGUAAAUCUUCGAAUCAUGCAGAAACCAUGAGUAGUGCUGGUCUACAAAACUCAUUGUUCGAUCCAGAAGAAGAAGUGAUCAUUAAUAAACGUAAUUCUGAAGUGCCUACAGAGAAGAAAGUAACUUCCUUUGCCGCAUUACCAUCCAACACUACAACUUGGCAGCAGCAGAGAGAUAUAAAUUCUCACUCACAGCCAGAUAGAGAAGAAACAGAGACGGAGACUGAAGUAAUGGGUUCACAGUUACUAAACAUACGCUUGAAAUUAGAAGAAAAAAGACGCUUGAUUGAAAGUGAAAAACGCAGAAUGGAAGCGGUUUUCAACAAGCAACGACAGCAGUUUGGGAAAGCAGCUUUUUUCCAAGCUGUCACCAAGGGCAAGUCAGGUGAAAAGACGAGUUGUAACACGCCUGACUCCGACCCUGGCCAACAGGUGUCUAACAGCAAAACUGCUUCCCCAAAAUCUGAUAAACCACAACGUCCUUUUUCACUUCAGGAUAUCUCUGAGGUGGAACAAAAGUGGUUAGAUGGGAACAAUCAAACCCUUGUAUUUCUUGAGGACAAGAAAACUCCAGACUACGAUAAUAUGGACCUUGAACAGUAUCAAAAAUCAAUGUCUCAGAUGAACUCGAGCUUGCAUGAGAUCCAGGAAGAUUUGCAGCGUUUAACUUUACAGCAAAAACAAAUCCGACAAGAUGAGAAUGCCCCUCCUCAAAUGCAAAGUUUCGCCAGUCUUAGCCAGAACAAACCCACUAUGCAAUCGUUUGUCGUCAAUAACCAUCAGACUAGUUUAUCUGUUAACCAGCAGCAAAGCCUGUACAACCAACCCGGGAAUCCAAUGAACCAUUUGAACAAUUGCGCUCCAAACGAACAACAGUGGCACAGUUUACAGCAACCACAGCUGAUGAACUCGUUUGCGAAUCAUCAGCCCAUGCUAAUUAACCAGCAACCAAUUAAUAGCUAUAUUAGUCAACCCUCAGUUAAUAACUAUGUAAAUAAUAGGCAGCCUAUCUCUAAUUAUCUUCAGCAGCAGUCGCAACCAGUCAACAAUUAUAUUUCUCAGCAACAAACAUUAAAUAAUAGUUAUGUAAAUCAGUCUCCUAAUAGUUAUUCUAGUUCUCACUUACCAGUCAAUAGUUAUGGCAAAGAGUCAGUCAGUAACUUCAGUUCUCCCCAGCGGCAGAUGCAUAGUUUAGUAAACAAUCACCCUCAGUCACAAAUCAAUACGAACACAUACUCAGUAAACCAACAGAACUUGCAGUAUCGAAGUUUUGUAUCAACGAACAAUUCAAAUCAACAGCAGGUGCUCAAUCAACAACAGCAACAAGUCAAUCAGUUAAUUCGAAAUAGUCAAGAGCCGUCUGAUCAGUCAGCACCAUCCUCACAAUUUUUCCUACAUGAUCAACCAACACAAAGGAAGACCUGGCAACAGUCAACUCCUAUUACCAUUUCAACUGAACCGCGCAACACCUGGGUCAACAAAAUGAAUAAACAGAGUCAACCAUCAUCAUUAAGCAGUUCUCCUUCUAAUGCUGGGUUUACUCUUCAUCAUAAUGGAAACUCAGAUCAUUCAGCGCCGACUCCUCCACCGAGACGAAAUUCCAGCUCUUCAAUCACCCAUGCACCUGUUCCAACUCCCUCAGUUGAUGAUAUGGAGCCUCAAAGCAUAUCUUUUAUAGUGAAAUCCAAUGAAAAAAUAACAGAUGAAGAGGAGUUUUCUGAAGGUCUAAGUCGUUUACAAAUUACGAGCGGAAACCGAACUUACAGGAUACCCUCACCCACCCGUGCCCAUGCUAGGAUAAAUCAAGGAAAUAUGCAACCCCAAAAUCAGCCAGAAAAAGGGUUUUAUAUUUCGUUUGAUGAUGAUUCACCACCUAAAAGGCCCAAGCCUCCGUUACGGGUGAAAAGGGGCUCCCCCAAAAAGGAUCGAGGGCUAACCCAAGUCGUAGAACCUACUUUAAACAAUGUUAAUCAUGAUCCCAUUCCUUUUGCACAAGAUGACUAUAGCCCCUCUCCAAACCGAGCAGAACGCUCACCUCCAAAACGUACUAUCUUUUCCCCAACUUCAAAUGAAGCUUCUAGUGUGCCAGACUGUUCUUCCAGUGCCAAACCGAGACCGACAACAAAUGUUGGUCUCAUAAUAGAUAAUGAACUUAAUAACUGUGAUCCCUCUACUAUUGAUGAAAUGGAACGAAAGAAAGAGCGUAUUCUUUUGUUAUCAUUACAAAGGCGUCAACAGCAAGAGGAGCUUAAAGCUAGGAAAGAAUUAGAAGCCCACCAAAGGCGAGAGAAAGAAAAACAAAAAGAAGAAGACCGAGCAAGGAAAAAAGAAGAAGAUAAAGCUCGACGUGCUGCCAUAUUAGAACAAUAUAAGUUAAAGAAAGCUUUUGAAGAAGCAGAGAGAGAGGGAAAGACAAUAGAUAAAGAUCUGCAAAAUUCCCUAAAACUAAAUAACAUAGGGAAUCGAGGACCACCAAGAUUGCGCAAACAAAACACUAGGCCUCGCCCAAAAACUAUACACAUUGAUCACGAUCAUGCUGAUGGAAUGCUGACUCCUUCUCAAGGGAAAAAAGGCUCCACCUCUAACCUUUCAGUCUUAAGUUCGCCUAUGCGAAGAGAUUAUUACCGAGGUUCUCAGGACUGUCUCGCUGAAACAAGGCGAACUUCAGUAUCUGGAGCGUCCCUCUACUCAGACUUUGGAGAGGACAGUCGCGGGGCCUCCCCCGGGCGCUCUCUGGGCCGCCGUAGCUCAUACAAAACUUCCAGAGAUCCUUCACCUGAGGGGAGGCAUUCAAACUCUAAAUUCAACACUUAUCACACGCGUCGCAAAUCCAAUUCUUUGAUGAAUUUAAGUGGGUCGAGCUGUGAGCAAGACUCCCUUUUGUACAGGUAUGGUGACACAGAUUCUGGUCUUGGUCGUGCAACACCUCCAAGAAGAGCACCCUCGCCUGGUCACCCUCCUUCCCCUUCAGGACCUGGCUCUCUUCCUGCUAGGCGGCGUUACAAUGAUGAUACUGCCAGUGAAAGUGGGGGCAGUGAAUACAGCGGUCCUCGAUUGUACAAACAACCAGCAACAAAAUCGAACCGUGGUAUCAUUUUGAAUGCGGUCGAGUAUUGUGUUUUUCCGGGUGUUGUAAAUAGGGAUGCUAAACGAAGAGUUUUGGAUGAAAUCAAUCGCUCAGAAGCCAAACACUUCUUAAUCCUCUUCCGAGAUGCUGGCUGUCAAUUUCGGGCUCUAUAUUCAUAUUGUCCUGAAACAGAAGAGGUUGCAAAAUUGUACGGAACUGGACCAAAACUAGUCACAGAUAGAAUGUUCGACAAAUUUUUCAAGUAUAACUCUGGUGGCAAAUGCUUUUCACAAGUUCAUACAAAACAUUUAACAGUAACAAUAGAUGCAUUCACAAUACACAAUAGUUUAUGGCAAGGGAAGAAAAUGGUAAAUCUUCUUAGUAAACGUGAUAUGGCUCUAGUUAUUUAGUAACAUUUAUUUUACUAAUGUUAAUGUUUUCAUAUUUGUAGCAUUUUUUAAACAGAUCAAUGUGAUACGACCCCCUUUAUUUAUUUUUACUCACCACUAAUUCUUCUUCCUCUUAAUUUAAAUGUUUUUAACUUAAAUCGGCUCCUUUAAGAGGCCCGAUCAUUCACUACUCCUCUAAAAUGAACCUAAAUUUAUCAAAACUUCUGUGCGACUACCAUCAUUGUUAUUAUUUGAGUGGGAACAUGCAUAUGCAAAACUAGAUUUGUUUGAUAUUUUGUAAGUAGCCUUGAAUUCAUGUUAUUUUGUUAAAUUAAUGUAUUUUAAUUGCAAUGACCUCUGUUUUAUCUUUUAAUACUCUAAAAAGGUAGAAUUGAAGACUGGAUAAAAAUCAAAAAAGUUUUUCUUGAAACUGAGUGCUGCAUUGAUAUCAGCUUUUGAAAAUAUCUUAAAAUAUAAUUCCCACUUAAUUCAGCUUCAUUCCGAUGCUUUUAAUCUCUUUCGUGUCGUGUGCACAUAUUAUUAAUUAAAUACAGAAGUACCUAUUUUUCCUAACAAAUGUGUUCUAUUGUCUGUCUCCCUUAAAAACACUUUUACAAUGAAUUUCCUUUUCUCUUCAUUUUCGUAGUCAAGAUCUAAAGUAAUAUUGAAAGUCGGAAAAAAAGGGGAGACGCAUCUAGUUGGUUUAACCACUAUUAUUUAUUAAAUUCAAUGCGUAAUCAAAGUUAAUCAAAACACAUGCAAAAUCGUCUUAUUCAUGCCAUCAUUUAUUUCUCACUUAAUAAUUAGAGAUGUGAAGUACAUAAAUCUUAGAUUAUUUUUAAUUUUCUUGCAAAAUUGUGUUAAUUUUUGCUUCAACUUUCCUCUCCUUAGCUCUUUUCCUUAGCCCAUUUGUAUACUUACAAUGAUUCCCCUAUCUCCCUUGUUACAUAACUUUCCAUGCCAUUCAUGAGGUCUGUAUCAUUCAUACUGUUUUAGAAAAUAAUUCUAAGAGACUUUUGCCGUCUGCUACCAUUUUUUGUACCAGUGUUGCCUUCCUGGAAAAAAUAAGUUUAAAAAAACCCCUUCUGGAUGGCCUUCAAAACAAUACUUUCGGUGCUCUUUAUCAAAAACCCAAUGAAAACGAUGGUCUAAACAACCUCAAAAGUUGAUUUGUCAGUACCUACACAUUUUGGCAAUAGAUCUACUCUGAAUGGUCUGGCCAGAAUUUUGCCGGCACUUUCACACGGAAGUGUAAUAUUCACCGAUAUUCCAAACCGCACCACCGGCCAAUCAGAGACACUAGGACAAACUUGAAUGUAGUCGUGACUUGUCUUAAAUUUUCUUAAGUACUGGUGAAGGACCAACAAAAUUCAGCCCCUGCAAAAUAGUAUUAAUGAUAUUGUUUCUCAGAAAGUGGGACUGACACAAGCAACUCUUGAGUCAACUCUGUCCCAGCAUCAAUCCCAGGACAGCACUGACUAGUUAAAGUACCAGUAUGCGAAUGGGUUAAAGAACUUUACAGUACCCUCAUGGGUUUUGACUUUCGGCAGAAUUUAAUAGUUCAAUACUCUCCAUAUCUUCCUGUAAUGUCAAAGCACCAUUGAGCACUCACUCGGAACUGUAAUUGCUGGCUCAUUUGUAAAAACACAUGUGUGCAUAGGAAAUCAAGUGGCACAUACGUUGUUUCUAAACUGAGCCAGAGAUUGUAGCUCCUAAUUGCAAAAUUAAGUUCAUAUCGGCGUUAAAAAACAAGUGAAGAGGAUAACAGAGUUAAUUGUUCGAUGAAGGGAACUGUAGCAAGUCAAGUAUAAAAUGAGAAAAAAUGAGAGCACAUCAGAAGAAAAUGCUAAUCCCUGAAAGAAAUAUCACCAGUCCAAGAAUUGAUGGGAUUUUUGAUUGACUAAUUAACUUGAAUGGUUUUUUUAUUUUUUUUUUUAUUGUAUAUUUACUCCCUCUGCUUUUGCUAUGAAUAACCUGAUUUGACUCGGCCAACAUCCAGAAAACUCCCUAUGGAAUUUAUAAUGGCUGUUAAUCAGGACAUUUGUAAGGAAUGCGAAGUAUGUUAACUUCAUUAAAUUUUCUUGGAAGAUGAUUCCAAAAAGGGUAUGAAGAGAUCUUUCUAUCCAACUUCAAACAUAUUUUUAAAAUGAUUAUAGUCUCCUCCCCCAACUGUUCCAAUUCAUUAUUUUAGCAUUAUUUUGAGGCUUUCUUCGCCCAAGGCGCAGGAUUUAAAAAAAUAUUUUCCAAAAAAAUUAUGUCUGUGAUUACAGUGUAGGUGUAUUUUUAAGUAGUUAGAUUUUCAAACGAUUGCAAGAAAAAAUCAGUGUCCUUCAUCUCGCAAUAUUUUAGUAAACUCUUAAAGUGUUUUGAGAAGUAACAAGUUGUUUCUAUUUACAUCUGCUGAUGAUUUGGCAAAUAUACUUACUUGGAUUUGAGAUUACCUGCUGUUUUAAGUCUAAUUUCACUUUUAAGUUUACUACAUAUAUAAAUGUAUGUUCUGAUACUCUCUGGUCCAAACACCUGAAGUCUGUCAACCUUUUUAGUAUCCUGAAGGACCUUCGUUAGCUUUACUUCCCCCCUCUAGAAUUUUGAGCUUCAAUUGAAAGAUAUGUGCAGUUAUAAUACAGUACAUUUUUUUAUAACAAAUCGGUAGCAGACCGGAAGAUUUUUCGUUUUGGAGAAAUUUUCAUUUUAAAGAGAAAGAGCGACAAUCAGCAAAAAUAAGAGGCAUGCAAUACAAUUUUCCACUUUUUUGCUGCAUGUUGUCAACAUAGGUAUCAUGCGUAAAACCUCUUAAUAAUUUAAAUUAUGCGUAGAGUUUUAAAUGAAAGAGAAGAUCAGUUUCACUGAGGUUGAUAAUAGGAUUUGUCGGUUUUAUCAUUCAUUUCUUGUAAAGAAUCUGUACUAUUGAGGGGUUCAUGUUACGUUCGAAUUUGUAAAAAGAAUUCCAAAUGAACCAAGUUGAGUCCAUGAGUUUCAAAUGGGGCCUGACAUUUUUAAUAGAAGAUUACCUGUUUUUAUCACAAUCUCAAUCAUACACUUUAGAUCUACUCUAGUUUGAAUUUCUCCAUUUUUUAAUGAAUUUCCGAGGUAGUCUAGAUUUUUGCCAAGUAUUUAUUUUAUUCUUUGAAGAAAAAUUCCAUUAGAAUUGCUAUACAAAUCUCAGGAAUGACUGAUCCUAGUAGAUGAAAAAUCCAGAGCUGAAGAUAGCAACCAUUAGCGUCUGUUAGUUUAUUCAUUCCUAAUUUAACCAGUGCGCAUAUUAUCUCAACAACAUGCCGAGAUGCUGUGGAGGCUAAUAUCUCGGUGUAUCUCUCCUCAUCAUUCAAAGUGAAAAAUCAAUAUAUUUGUUUGAAUUUAUACAAGGUUGAUAGACAGGUCAGUCUACUAGAGAAGUUGGGCGCUACAAGAUUUGUCAAAUAGCAGUUAGUCUGUCCUGCAUACCCAGAAGUCUCCCUUAAUUGCCCCCAUUUGCGAGUUUCCAAUUUUGAUCAUACUCAUGUAAUUGGAAUUGGGAAACUGUGGAAACAAAUAAUUGAGAAAAAAAAAAAAAAUUUAAAAAAAUGGGGAACUGCAAUCGUGGAAACUUAGUAUAAGAUCAAGGAAUUCCUAAUGUCCUCUCGUUACCAGACUAACUUGAGUCCAUCGACCUUGAAAUGCAUCAUGUCCUUAUUCUUGAACCAGAUUCUAAAGUUAUCACAAAUCUUUAAGACAUAGAUCACAUCACAUUUAUUUAUAACAGUUGAGAAUGCGAAAGAUAAUGCAAUAUCUUAAAAUUCUAUCCUUCAGAAAGUCUGUUUGACUGAAGAAGUGCCUCAGAGAAAUACAUGUGGAACAAAUUCUUUCCUCUAAAAACAGGAUACAAAUUUUGAAAAAUCGUUUUUCUCUCAAUCUUAUCAAGCACUAUUCUGAAGCCUCCCCCCUCCCAAUUUUAGAAAGGAAAAACUGGGAGUUGCCUGUAAUUUUUUCAAUGUUUAAAUCUCUGACUUCCCAAUGAUUACUUGAUCUCUUUAUUAACGUUUAACCUAAUUUCAAGCUGAUAACUUAAGUUUUGUGAGCAAUUAUCGUGAUAGGUUCAUGUAUUUCCUUACUUGAUGCGGUCACCAUGCAGCAUGAUCAAGUGCAUAUCGAUGGCCGAAGUGCAAAAUCGUGUAGGUAUCUCUGUUUGCGGUUUUUUAGACUCCCUGCUAUACUUCAUUUUUUCCUUGGAAAACUAGUCAACAUAAUUCCUCGAAAACCUCCGUGAUUCUUCUUCUCUGUUAUCAAUACAUUCUGGAAAAAUUUCGAGUUAUUAAGUAAGUCGCCUUGUUUCUCCUUUAAAAAAAACAACAAAAUUAGAGCAUACAUUUCGAAACACUCAAUGUAGAUACGCAUUUUGCACUUUAAUCAUCGAUAUUUUCAUACAAUGGAACAUUUUCACUGUCUUUGUUUCAAGACCACAAAUCACAAUUGCUGGAAGAGUUUUAAAAUUUUGUAUCCGUACUGUGACUCUUCCAACUAUUUUCCAAGAGGUUAAUCUCAGAAACUUUUAUACAUGCUUCCUUUUGAAUACCACCUCAAUAGGCAGUAUUCUUCUCAUAACCCUUACCAAUAUCCUCAUACUAAUCAUAACAACUUACUGAUUAGAUAUGUUACAGUGAUACAAUGUUUCUUAGUUGAUCCUAGGUUUAAGGAGUUUUUUUGUCAAACAAUGGUUCAAGGGAUGUUCCUGUCAACCCUAAUUGUAGCUGAACAGACUGGAAAAAAUUUUAUGAAUGUAGCUGAAGGUAGGUUCAGCAAUUUUUGUUGGUAGCCCAGUUUUCAUUGAAAAAAGUGAGCCCUACUGAGGUGAUCAAACUCAGACCUUUGUUAUUAAAGUGUUUGGUAAAUUUGCAUCAAUACCCACGGUUCGUGGUAGUGUAAUAUUGAAUAACGGAGGGUAUCCAAACUUAGUACUUUAAUUAUUUGUAUUAUCAAUGGACUGUUAGCCACCGCUGUGUUUUUUCAGGGGAUUUCUCACACUUUUGCGUAUACAUUUUUGGUCCUAUGGUUUAGUAUGAUGGUCUAUCGAAAGGUAUGCAGACGAUAGAGACAAUAAUACAUCAAAACAAUGCACUAUUUUCAUGUCUAGCAACUUAAAAAAUUAAAAAGAAAUCGAAAAUAAUUUACUACUUAUCCAGAGAGUAGAUUUCAAGCUCAUUACUUCAUUUAAUCAAGUCAGUCCAAAGAUUGACCUGAGACCGAAAUCUUUGUCCAAAUUUUGGAGGGAUUGUUAGGAUAUUUUUAUAGCUUUCAAUCUGAAGUAAGACUACAAUCAACAAUGAAAUAGGAACGAAACUUUUUUUUUUUUUUUUUGUUUCUGUGGAAAAUGUAUGCUUGAUAAUCACCUGCUGGAGACAGAUUGCUUGAAAAAUUCCGUGAAGGUUGAACCUAGAAAUGUAUGAAAAUAAUACUGUGAAGUUUCAAAGUUUCCUUAUUUUUUCUUCGUUGAUUUAUUCCAUUGUUUAUUUAAUUUUUUUAUACUUCUACACAUAGAAAUAUAUACAGGAGGAUUUUAAAAUUUGGGGAUAAGCACAAGCAUUAAUGUCAAUGCAGAAGUUAAUAUCAAAACUAAACUUAAGCUACUUAAAAACUAUUAGAAUAUAGUCAUUGAAGACAAUAUGAUGAUAAGAAUUUUGAAAAAUGAAAUAUCUAAGUCAUUUCUUCAAAUAAAUAACUUUUGUACAAUAACUACCCAAUAUUAUUAUUUGCCAGUUAUAAGAGCAGAAAAUUAUGACUAGGUAGAAAUUCCCUUUUUUCCUCUGAAAUUUAAUUUUGUUUUACUUGUAUUUGUAUUAUAUGUAUAACAUUGAAUAUUUAAUGUAAUUAUUAAGUUAUUGAAUUUUAAUGAAUCAUUUAUUUAUAUAAUGCUUAUUUUUGUUUUGUAUACAAUUUAUAAUAGUUGACCGCAGGGCAACUAUCUUAGUGUUAGUAUCCAAUAAAAAUACAUGAGAUUUACUUUGA